AUGCCUCCCGGCGGCGGCGGGCCCAUGAAAGACUGCGAGUACAGUCAGAUCAGCACCCACAGCUCCUCCCCCAUGGAGUCGCCCCACAAGAAAAAGAAAAUCGCGGCCCGGAGGAAAUGGGAGGUCUUCCCGGGAAGAAACAAGUUCUUUUGCAACGGGAGGAUCAUGAUGGCCCGGCAGACGGGCGUCUUCUACCUGACUCUCAUCCUCAUCCUGGUCACUAGCGGACUGUUCUUCGCCUUCGACUGUCCCUACCUAGCGGUGAAAAUCACCCCCGCCAUCCCCGUGGUUGGAGGAGUCCUCUUCUUCUUCGUGAUGGGGACCCUGCUGCGCACCAGCUUCAGCGACCCCGGGGUCCUUCCGCGAGCCACGCCCGACGAAGCGGCCGACCUGGAAAGGGAAAUAGAUAUCGCCAAUGGCACCAGUUCAGGGGGGUACCGCCCGCCUCCCAGAACCAAAGAAGUCAUCAUCAAUGGCCAGACCGUGAAACUUAAAUACUGUUUCACCUGCAAGAUUUUCCGCCCCCCUCGCGCCUCUCAUUGUAGCCUUUGUGAUAACUGCGUAGAACGGUUUGAUCACCACUGUCCCUGGGUAGGCAACUGUGUGGGGAAAAGAAACUACAGAUUUUUUUAUAUGUUUAUUUUAUCUCUGUCUUUUCUGACAGUCUUUAUAUUUGCAUUCGUUAUCACCCACGUCAUUCUUCGUUCGCAACAGACAGGAUUCCUAAAUGCGCUUAAGGACAGUCCUGCGAGCGUGCUAGAGGCCGUGGUGUGCUUCUUUUCCGUCUGGUCAAUCGUUGGCCUCUCAGGUUUCCACACGUAUCUGAUCAGCUCCAACCAGACAACAAAUGAAGAUAUUAAAGGAUCUUGGUCAAAUAAAAGAGGUAAAGAAAAUUACAAUCCCUACAGCUACGGAAAUAUCAUUACCAAUUGCUGUGCUGCCCUCUGUGGGCCCAUCUCUCCCAGCCUAAUUGACAGAAGAGGGUACAUCCAGCCGGACACGCCGCAGCCAGUGGCACCCCCCAACGGCAUCACCAUGUACGGGGCCACCCAGUCACAGAGCAACAUGUGCGAUCAAGACCAGUGCAUUCAGAGCACCAAAUUCGUUUUGCAGGCCGCGGCCACGCCCCUGCUGCAGAGCGAGCCCAGCCUCACCAGCGACGAGCUGCACCUGCCGGGCAAGCCCAGCCUCGGAGCCCCCUGCGCCGGCCUGACGCUGGGCCCGCCCACGCCGCCCUCCUCCAUGCCCAACCUCAGCUCCGAGGCGGCGCUCGCGGACAUACUGCCCCUGAAAGAGGAGCACGUGGGCCACCAGUUCCUGACCCCCGAGGAGGCGCCCUCGCCCCCCAGGAUGCUGGCGGCGGGCAGCCCCAUCACGCACAGCCGCACCAUGCACGUCCUGGGCCUGGCCAGCCAGGACUCCCUGCACGAGGACUCGGUGCGCGGCCUGGUCAAGCUCAGCUCCGUGUGACCCGCCGGGGCCCUUUGCACCAGCGCGAGCAAAGGGGACGGUCCCGCAAAACAACUCACGCCGCUAGAUGCUCAGACUCCACAGGGCGGCCCGGUGGAAAGGACGACUCUGGGGCCUGGGAUAAGAGACCACUUAGAACGCAAUUGGAGCCACACCUGAUGGCAGAGGGUGGGCAGAGGUCAGAUGCUUAACAGCUUUAUUUUCUUUGAAUUCUUUUUCCCCCACCCUGACCGCGUUGAACAAAACGAAAAUAGAGAGGAUGCUAUUUUCAGGCCUUUGGGAUAUGAAGGGUGGGCAGAGGGGAGUCCCCUGCCAGCGGGACGCUGGAUGCUGUGCUGUUUGCUGCUCUUGUGACAGACACACCUGAGGUCUCUGGCACUCGUGGCCAGACCGAAUUGCAAUUAAGUGUUAUGCUACUAAUAUUUGAAAUCGACAAUUGCUAUUCCAUUUGUUAAUUAAAAAAACAAACAAACAAACCUAAAGGGAAAAAAAAAAAGCCCGGAUGUGGAUUUGCAUGCCAUGCUGCAGUAUGUGUUACAGUGGUGUUGGUAUUCCAAAGGAAGUGCUGCUUUUUCUUUUUUUUUUUUUAAUUUUGUGAAUUUUCCAGGGCUGUUUUACUGGAGGACAGCGCAACAGACUGAGACUAAUUAAUGGACACUGUCAUCACUUGUCAAUUUAUUUGGCUUAAUUAUACCUGGGCAGGUGAGGCUUAGACUUCAGAGGGCUGCUGGGUUUUAUCACAUUAAAUAUCAUUUAACUUUCUGUUUAGUGAUUAGAUAAGGUGUUGUGCCAUUCCAGCCACCGCCUUCACCUCUAUGUGAUGAAACUUCCUGUGGACAUCCAAUAAAAUGACAUCCUCUAUUAUUUUGGAUCUGCGUACAGUUCUCCUUAACAGCUUAGAUGAAAGCAAAAUCAUCUGGAUGGCCUGGGAAGAGUUUGUUCUUAUUAAAGCAUCCCUAGCAAGGAAUGAUCCAAGAACCACCCAAAAUGAAAACUUUGAAUUGUGGGGUAUUUAUGGGAUGAUUUCUUAGGUAAAGAGUAACUUUUGUUUUUUGUUUUCUAUUUUUUUCUCUCUUUGAAGAUUUCCAUGAGGCUGUUAGUCUGCAGUGGGGUGGGAGGGGGGCUGUGCCCAGGGAGGAGGGUCCCGUCCUGGCCAUCUGCUGGGCUCUGCGUGAUACUGAUGUGCCACCCAACCUCAGAAGGCAACACAUGGUCCUAGAGAAGGUAUUGAAGAACGAGAAGGAGAAACCAGCUUAAAAUAAGUGCCAAGACCAUAUGGAUCAUCACUCUUUCCGAGACAUUAAUCAGAAUGGAAUUAACAAAAAAAUUACCACUUCAUUCUUUUCAGUCUAGAAGGGAACUCACUGGCUUCUUACUUAGGGAGUAAGUCACUUUGGAAGCAGUUGCAGGAGACUCAGCAGGCUUUCUCCCUGGCUUCUUUCCAGAUGAUAAAUCCAACAGCCAAAUCUAUUCAAGUUCAAAAUAACACUCUUGCACUUUACAGCCCUAUGAAAGAUAAUGUGUUGAUCAUUGGUCAAGAAGCCCCAAACUAUUGGCAUGUAUGGAGAAAAGCUGUUUCUCCUGAGAAAGAAUUUCCACUUUAUAAAAAAAAAAGGAAAGGAGAAAAGAAAGAAAACAAACACAAUUUCAAGUUUUCUUUGGAAUAAAGCCAUCUCUUCAGAGAGAAAAAAUAAUAAUUUGUGCUGGAAAAGAACAGAAUGCUUGCAUCAGGAUAUCUUUGAACCAUCUUUCUUUGACAUAUGCAUACAUGCAUUGAAAAUGGAAAAGGCAAAUUAUGUGUAGCCUUUUUUGAUUUGGAGGGGUCUCCUAACUACUUGUACCCGAGAGCCCCUCCUUACCCAACUACACACACUCACCUCACCAUCCUCGGCUCUUGGUGAUGCUCCUUGCCCGUGUUGCCUGUGAGCAGGAAAUGGCAGGUCCUGACACCCCAACGCAGCCUUACAGGUAUUUUGCACAACUUCACGAACCCUGUCUGCUCUUCCCAUCCUUCCAGAGGCCCCAAGAUCAAGCUGGCCCUGAUGAGAAAGAGGGGUGCUCAGGGGGUGACACCAGGCUCCAUUCCACGAUUUUCUCACCUGGAAAACAAAGAGAAUGUCUUGACACCCUUCCAUGUCCAGCAUUUUCUAAUUCAGUGGUUGGCCCUUUCCCAUGACCAACCUUUGUUCUCACAUCACUAAGAAAAAAAAACAAGAAGCAAGGGCCACUAUUCACUUCUUUCCAUAA